AUGAGUUUGGGCUCUCCAGUGACUGUGCCGGAGCUGCACACCAAUCAGAAUGGGAGAAGUGUCGCCAUUGGCAAUGCGCUGGACUUCGUCUGCAACGUCGUGGUAUUCGAUGAUGGGAAGGCUGUCGAAGCGGCCUCCAUACCUUCGCAGCAUCCUUGGUCUUGGACUCUAUAUCGUCCCGGAACAAAGCUGGAUCCAUUGUUGUUGGUGGAUUCACAACAGAGGUAUUUAUGCGGAGGGCCGAUGUUGAUAGGCGUGCAGAAACUUUGCAUGAAAACUGGCCUUACAGGCAGUGUGAACCAUGAUGGUGUUGACCAGACAGUAUUCUUCGGAGGAUCUUUGGUUGCGGACAACCUCAAAGCAAAACAAAAGGAGUCACAGUGGCAAGCAAUUGAAAGAUAUGCAUCUCUCAUAAGGAAGUGUUCCGGCGAAGGAAAUUUGGCACCGGGAAAGUGUGUACACUCGCAACUUGUCUCGGAUGGCUGGGGGCAUGUCACCUUUCUCCAAAAUCUCCUGGUGGAGAUGUAUGGCAGGUGCGGGAGCCUGUGUGACGCUUUGUCGGUGUUCCGGGGGAUCGAGAUGCCCAGCAUUUUCUCGUGGACCCUGGUAAUCUCAGCAAGUUCCCGCAACGGGGACUUUGGAGGUGCCUUGGAUCUCAUCCGGAGAAUGCUGCUGGGUGGAGUGAAGCCAGACGAGGCUGCUCUUGUAGCGGUUGUCAACGUUGCUGCUGGUCUGGAAGACAUUUCAUUCUCAAGACAAGUUCAUGCCUGGGUUGUGGAAGCUAAACAUGGCUGCGACCUUGUUGUUGAGAACGCAUUGAUCAGCAUGCACUGCAAGUGCCGGGACAGUGGCUGGGCCGAGCGAGUGUUCUACGGCAUGCAAGAGACCGAUGUGAUCAGUUGGACAUCUAUGGCUGCUGCCUACGCUCAGAACGGACAGCACGCAGAGACUCUUCAGCUGUUCCGCAAGAUGGACUUGGAAGGUGUCAAGCGCAACUUUGUCACUUUCGUCACGCUGGUCGAAGCUUGCACACGGUUCCUGGACUUGGAGAAUGGAAGGGUGACGCACUCGAGAAUCAAAAGCUCCGGUUUCUGCUCGGUGGUGAUCGUCAGCAACAGCCUCAUCCACAUGUAUACGAAGUGUGGAGAUUUGGCGAGCGCCAUCGACGUGUUUCGAGGCAUGGCGGACAGGAACACAAUCUCCUGGACUGCUAUGGUUGCUGCUUACACUCAACACGGUCACUGCAACGAGGCAAUCAAGCAUUUCCAGUUCAUGGACUUGGAAGGUGUGAAGCCCGACGUUGUGACUCUGGUGGCCGUCGUUGAUGCCUGCGGGGGCCUCAUGGUGCUGUCCAAGGCCAGGGAGAUCCACGCUCGGGUUUCCGACAGUGGCUACCUCGACUCCAACGUUCCUCUGGCCAAUGCUGUGAUAAGCAUGUAUGGCAGAUGUGGAGGCCUGGACGACGCAAGAGAUUGCUUCAAAAGGUUGAGGUUGAAGAACACGAUAUCGUGGAGUUCUCUCAUUGCAAUCUAUGCGCAAGACGGACAAGGCGAGGAGGCGAUCCGGCUGUUUAAGCUGAUGGUUCUGGAUGGAGUGAGGCCGAAUUCUAGCAGCUGCGCUAGCCUCUUGUCCGCUUACAGCCACGAAGGUGACGUUCACGACUGCCGAGAGUGCUUCGCGGCUAUAAGUGACUUCGGCCUGGAACCAACGAAGGAUCACUUUGCCGGCGUGGUUGAUCUCCUGGCAAGGCUUGGAAUGCUGGACAGAGCCUUGGAGUUGAUCAACACGAUGCCGUUUUUCCCAGACGCAGCGGUGUUCUUGGCUUUGCUAUCAGCGUGCUGCGUCCACGAGGACUUGGAGCUGGGAAGAGCCGCGGCAGAGCAAGCGUUUUCGCUGGACCCAGCGGACGAGUCAUCUUAUGUGCUGCUGUCCAACGUUUACGCUGCGCUGGGAGUGUGGGGCGAGGUGCUGUGAUUCCUGGGUGGAAGAGCACGGUAGAUCCCUGGAGAUCGAGCGUGGAAGAGCGUGCACGAUUCCUGGCGAUCGACCAUGGAAGCAUCGGGACGUUCUACUUUUAUUCUUUGAAAGAUUUCCAUUGGAACGAUUUGUGGUAGAGUUUAUGUUGGAUUCUUCGUCGACAUUUCCUAUCAAUGGCUACAAAAUUUUCUAA